UCUGCUCGUUGUUUGCACUUUGUGUGGAGGGACUUGAACCCGUGUUCUCUUGAGGAACCAGCCUCGCCGCAUCACUCUGCCCCGGACACAAGCUGCCGAAACACGGAUAUAAGUGUGGGGGGUGUUGCGGUGGAAACCGUUAGUGGUCUUUUGUGAGGGUUGACGUGUCUGUUCUGUUCGCACGUAAAAGAGUCAUCACACAAUCUGCUCCUGGUUUGAGACGAGACGAAAAACAACACGUAGCUUUAAAACAACAAAAAGUUGCUGCUACGUUUUCAUUCGUACGGGAACUUUCUCAGCAAGAGUCCACGGUUGCUUCUUUACGUUAGCUUAAGUUUAACGUAAGGUUCAUGUAAACAGAUGCUGUGCGCUAGCUACCUAGCUUGGGAGUUAGGCCUCCAUCCAACUACCUGCUGCUUUAAAUCUGACUCGAAAGCCAGUGAUCACACGUUGUGUAGCCACAUCACGACCGUCAACACAAACAACAGUGUACCGUGUUUCGUAACUUCUUCAAACACCACCCGGAUGAGACACGACUCCCGGAGAGGAGCAGCGUGUCAUCACCACGAGCAACAACUGUCACAGAAGUUCAGUGUGGCCAGAAGCUCUGUUGUUAUUCAGCAUCAGCAGCGUUUGCAGUCGUGUGUCCGUGCUGCUGCUGUGUGUUGUAACCAGUUGUGCAGCUCCGGGACCGGCUGGGAACAGGUCUGCCUUGUUUUGGGAUCAGCAGCAACACCCAAGAGCAGGCUCCUUUAUUACUGUAACACACUGUGGCUAUUACAGCCCCAUUACGAGCACACUGGCGAUAAGGCUGUUUGACACGUAGAGAAACACCUCAGCACAGGGUACACCUGCACCACCAUCAGUCCUCUGAGAUCAGAUAAGAUGCGAUUUUACAGCAGCAAGAUCUCUAAAUAGGCAUUGCGAGAUGAGUCAGGCGGAGCAGGCACCUGAGGACAAGCCUGCAUACCUCGAUAAUGAGCCAGAUACCACAGAGGGCAACAAGGACCACCCACAGGCACAGCCGGGCAUGUUUGGCAGGUUGGCGGGGGGCCUGUAUGGUGCCACCAGGGGAGCUAUAGGAGCAACGGUGGGCGGCGUGGCGUGGAUUGGAGGAAAGAGUCUGGACCUCACCAAGAGCGCCGUCAGCACUGCAGUGGCUGUGCCUGGCAUGGGAGUGGGGCUGGUUAAAGGCGGCAUGUGCGCUGUAGCUGGAGGAGUGUGUUCUGUCGGCUCUGCAGUGGUCAGCAGAGUUCCCAUAGGAGGAGGUAAAAAGAAGGACAAGUCUGACUGACGGGGAGAGGAGGAGGAGGAGGAGGAGGAGGAAGAGGAGGAGGAGGAGGAGAGUGAGCCCACUCAGCCGAGUUGUGUGAGCACGCAAUGUUCGGAUUCAUCAGCAAGUAAAGACCAAAAGAGGACAAAAAAAGUUCAGUGAACAUGUUUGGGUGAGGGGGUCUGUGUUUUUUUUUGUUUUUUUUCUUUAGCUUCUGUUAUUAUGUGGUAUGGACCCGCAAAGCAAGAACUUACAAAGACUCUCCAACUGUUAAAGGAAAAUAAAUCAAACCAUUCUCAACAGUGUCUGAAACUGCUCGAAUGAGUUAAAUGUUUUCAUACGAAAAGUCAUGUCUGUGUUUUCCCUACAGUCACUUUUGCAGCAGGAGAACAGCUCAGGGUGUAAAUGCUUAAUUUCACCUGCAAGACAAUCAAUGAUCAGUGAUGAUCUAAAACUGACUGGAAAUGGAAAUAUUUCACUAACAAAUAAUAGACAUGUAUUCACCUUUGUUCACAAAUAAACAAAACAGUCUGAUGAAGAUGUGAUUUUAUACAACAACAGUCCAGUUUCAUAUCUACACUUAAUCACCUGAAUAUUUGAAAUACUUUUGAUGAUUAUAUUGUCAGCUCAGUGGAAGGCAACUUGUAUUUUUGUUUCAUAAUCUAACAUAUUACAAUAAAAUGUGUCGCAAUCUAAAAAUAAAAUAAAAAAUAAGAAUAUUUACAUUUUGGUGAACUUUAUCUCCAGUCAAAGCAUUAAUUGAUUUACUGUGACUGUACCAGUAGAGUCCAAGUUCAUUGAAUCAUGUUUUACAUUCUGCUCUUCUUUUGACUGGUUGUUUUGACAGUUACUGCGACCUGUCGGUUUAUUUUGCUCUCAUAAAGUCCUUGAAAACAAAUAAAAGCUGGAUAAUGGCAUUUAUCUGUUGAUUGCACCAAAGAAGAUAAGUUUUCUUCCCAAGUGUUCUCGUAGUUGCCUCCAUAUUGCUUCAGGUCACUGUGUUUACUGUUGUCACAAUCUGACGGCUGGCUUUCUUGGCAUUACAUUUUGAAUUUCAAAUAUCAAGUACGUUUUAAAAUGACAAACCUGUAAAACACCUUUUUUCUAAAUUUGCCUUUAUUUAUAAAAUGCUAUUCAAGCCUUGGUGGAUGAUGCAGAACUUAAGCUUUCAAAUACCUUUUUUAUCAGUUUGGCAGAAGGUUGGCUGAACAGUUAGAAUAAUUAAUUUGAAAUAAAAUAUGCUGAAGGUUGUGUAUGCACUGUAUUGUGCUCCACCUGUGACAAAAUGAGUCUAUAUCAGUGUUAAUUUCGUUGACGAAAACUAUGACGAAAAAUAUUUGUUAACGAUCUUUUUUCCAUGACGUAAUGAAAACGGAUUUUUCGUUACGUUUUUAUUUAUUUAAAAAUAGGGUUCUUCUUAUUUCAUACAUUUCCCACAAAUAUUGGGAGGACUCAAAUAACCCUACAAAGUUCUGUGUUUAAAUUAUUUCAAAGUAGGCCUACACUUGUCUGUGUAUUUUCUUCUCUUCAUAAGUGUUCGGUGUUUUCCUUUGUUGUAACAGGUACAAACAGCAAUAAAAUGUCAAGAGUU